AACAUCAUGUACUGUUUGUCCCUCUUACGGACCCGUUCGCUUCCACGGCGGGAUUCAAGCAUUUGAAGGAUCGAAUAUGGAUGUCACAACGAGCAAAACGUUGUUUUAAGUUCGUCAAAAUAUAGCGAGCGACAUUUGACCUGGCAUAGGGCUUUGUCUCCCAUUCCCCCAAAAGAUGUGCUCUCUGGCUUUGUUUCCCCCUCCGUGCCCUCCUGGACAGACGACUCUGUGCGAGUCCAACAACGAGCUCCUGACUGGGUGCAACGCGGAGGAGCGGCUGCAGCAGGAGUCAAGUCCUUUGAGUUUGUACUUUCCCCGAGAGUCCCUCAAGUUGCACAGUCGCACUGAGAGCAGUAGCAAGGCAGCCUUCUUGGACCACUCGGAGACGUUGUGGAUGAGGAGUGCAACAGCUUGGCGCGACGGCGGUUUUACAGGGCUACUGAAUGAAAUCACUAACUCCCAUGAAGAGGUACCAAAAUGGUUGGCUGUGAGUGCUGGGUGCAUCCUGGCCUUGCUGCAGAGAAUCUCUUCCUUUCAUAGCUCCUUGUUUCCUCAUCUCACACUGAGCAGCGAGGACAUGAUUGCAGAAUUUUCGCAAGCGCUGGACUGGUCAGACUGUGUGGUGCGAGCCUUUUCCUGGCAUCCUCAUACUGAUAAAUUUGCUGUUGCCCUGUUGGAUGACUCGGUUAAGAUCUAUAAUCCCAAAAGUGCCAUCACUCCAACCUUGAAGCACCGCCUCCAGAGGAACGUUGCAGCAGUGCAGUGGAAGCCGCUGUGUGCAUCUGCACUCGCUGUGGCUUGCCAGAAUUGUUUACUGGUCUGGAACGUGGACCCUUGCUCGCUAUCCACCAGGCCUUCGUCUGGAUGCGCGCAGGUUUUGUCUCAUCCCGGCCACUCACCAGUCACUUCCAUUGCUUGGUCACCAAACGGCUCUCUCCUCGUGUCAGCCUCGCCCAUGGACACAGCAAUGAUUGUAUGGGAUGUUGCGUCAGAGAGCUGUGUGCCCCUCCAGCGUGUUGGAGGUGGUGGGGUCAGCUUUCUGUCCUGGUCCACGGAUGGGGGCCAUCUUCUUGCCUCAACGCCUUCUGCUCUCUUCAGGGUCUGGGAGACCAGAAUGUGGACGUGUGAGCGUUGGCCUUGUGAGAAAGGCCGCUGCCAAUCCGGCUGUUGGAGUCCAGACGGGAGUAGGCUUCUCUUCACCGUACAGGGAGAAACCGUAAUCUAUGCUCUGACCUUCACUGACACGCCAGGCGUCCUCACAGGCGCAUCAAAAGGAUCACAAACGGCAUCAGUGGUGGCCGACCUAUCACAGACAACCUUUAAUACAUCUGAGGGAGAUGUCACUGUUGGUGGAGAGGUCCAGUCUCUGACAUGGGAUCCGAGAGGAGAAAGACUUGCCGUGCUUCUCAAAGGUGAUCCGCGAGCAGACCGUCCUGCAGUCAUUCCUGUGUUUAAGACCAGAACGAAGCCUAUUUUUGAACUUUUGCCAUGCGGCUUUGUUCAAGGGGAUCCUGGUGCAGAACCGAGACUGCUGCAGUUCCACCCAAAUUUUCAGCACGGAGCUCUGCUCACUGUGUGUUGGUCCACAGGAAGAAUUACCCAUGUACCUUUCUACUUCCAAAGUGGCAACAUCAGCCGUUUUAUGCGCAAUGGCAGUCCAUCGCUACCACGACCCCAGGAACAUACUGCUGACCUAGCCAAUCAGUCCCUCUUUACUGAGCUCAUGUCAUGACAGUCCAUCACAUGGUGUGAAAAAUAUUUUCCAUCUUAUUCAUGUCAACAAAAUGUAUUAAAGGAAUUUUUGAUCCCA